AUGGUUUCCUACCCAAUCGGUUUUCGCAUGGCUCAGGCCAUUGGUUUUACUGGCGCAGCUUGGCUUUCAGGUAAUAUUGCUGCGCUCAGUAUGAACGCAGUGCCUGCGCUGGUUUCCUCCCGCCAGGAAGAUAACGCGCCCCCGAAACUCAUCGUCAAGCAGUGGAGAAAUGUGUAUGAGGCAGGAAAGGCUCAGAAUCGACCAAUCGCAGCCAUCACUGCCUCAGCAUUCUUCUAUCUCGCAUGGUCGGUCCGUUCAGGCGCCCCCCUCUUUCGACAGGCCGCGUACAGUCAAGCCGGACUGUACUCUGCUGCCGCAAUCUUGACGCUCGGCAUUGUCCCCUACACAAUAGUGGCAAUGAGUAAUACAAAUAACGCUCUUCUGAACAUGGCCAAGCCGAAAAUCGAGCUAUCCGACCGAAAUCAAGCGGAGAGCGUCACUCUGCUUGACAAAUGGGUGAACCUGAACUUGUUUCGAAGUUUGCUUCCUCUUGCGGGAGGCCUCAUCGGCAUUGCUGCAGCAUUCAUGUGA